AUGCCUGUCCCAGAAGAGAGAAGAGACGACAAUUAUCUUCCCGCGCCAACAGAAUGGGAAGAGGAUAACCUCAGACGUAUCUGCGACAAGAUCCCCUGGGCAAUAUUCUUAGUCGCCGUGGCCGAGCUGGCCGAGCGUUUUACUUAUCGAUGUAUCACGGCUCCUAUGCAGAACUACAUAGAAAAUGCUUACAAUGACCCAUUACGGCCAGGAGCUUUGGGUAAGGGACAAGGAGUUGCGACUGGCAUCAACUACUUCUUCACCGGCUGGUGUUAUAUGGCACCUAUUCUGGGAGCUGUCAUAGCAGACAGCUUGCUUGGCCGGUUUCGGACUAUCUGUCUGGGGACUGGCUUCGGAGGCAUCAAGAGCAAUGUUGCUCCUCUGAUCGCUGAGCAAUACUCGAGGAAGCCUCUCCGGAUCAAGAAUCUGGCAGGUGGAGAAAAGGUCAUUAUAGACCCUGACCUCACGAUCCAGACUAUUUAUGGUCGUUACUACUGGUCAGUGGCCAUUGAUUGGGCUUACGAAAAACAACACGCUGACCCCAUCCAAGGGUUAUCAAUGUUGGCUCACUCUCUGUGA